AUGAGCUUUGACAACUUUCCUUCCAAGUCAGAAGUGAUGGGCUGGAACCCAAACUCUCUCGCUGACUAUUUAAAAAAAAUGAAGCUGUCUGGCUGUGACACAGUUGUGAAGAAGUGUGGUAUGAAUGGCUCCUGGUUUCUGAACAUGUCAGAGAAUGACCUCCACAAGUUCCCCAAAGUGCAUGCUCCAAUUAUCAUGAAAAUUUGUAACAAGAUUAAUCAGAGCCAAGAGAAGAAAGGAAUAUUUCAUCGGUAUGCUGGACAAAACAAACAGUGGGAUUCAGAUGAAUUCGAUCAGGACGAAAGUGAUAAUGACUAUGAAGAACCGGAUGAGUUUCCUGAUGACAACUACGUGUGUGCAACAGUGGAUAGGCCUGACAGAGACGAGGAGAGCGAUGACGACUAUGAGCCACCGCCCUCAGACACUCCUGAUGAGAUACCUAGUCAUUUCCAGCUUGCCAAGCCACUGGGGGGCGGUGAUUACAUAGCUACAGCUGGUCCGGGUGUACCAAAGGUAGAUCGCAGCAAGAAACCUGGAUCAUCUGGUCUUUCCAAAACGGACUCAGGCAGAUCAGCAAAGCCUCCACUUCCUAAAGCUCAUUUGGACAGGCAUAGCUCUGAGGAUGAGGAGGACAUGGAUCCUUCGUGGUAUGUGGGACAGAUGACGAGAAGAGAUGCUGAGGCUUCUCUGAGAUAUGUCAAUAAGGAUGGUGCAUUCCUUGUAAGAGACAGCUCAAAGGGCUCUACUGAGCAGCCUUAUACACUCAUGGUACUGUACCAGGACAAAGUCUACAACAUACAGGUCCGUUACCAAGGCGUCCAAGAUGGUUACUCCCUAGGCACAGGCUUAAUGAGCAAUGAGAGUUUCCCCAGUGUGAGAGACAUCAUCACACAUCACACGAAAGCCAAGCUGUUGCUGAUUGAUGCAAUGGACCGUGGUUCUGGACCACAGCGACAGUGCUGUCUAAUGUACCCGGUGAGCCUCUGA